GCACUUCUCAAAACAUUCGCUUGUAGUAGGUAGAUUUAUCGAGAUUCUAACUAAAGUAGGAUGAAACAGUCAGAAAGCGAGGAGCACAAUAUUUAUCUAGUUGAUAGCAUUAUAGACCGACGAGUUCGCCGUGGUCGCGUGGAGUACCGUGUUAGAUGGAAAGGAUUUCCUCCGGAGCAAGAUUCUUGGGAACCCUUCACCAGUCUUCGCGAACCAUGCCUUUCAUUGAUUCAAGACUUUCACAUUCGUUACCGCAAACUUCAUCGUGGAAAAAGGCGUUACUCUCUACCCUUGGUUUCUCGUAGCAAGCUUCUAAGAUGUGAAACAGAUGAAUUUCAUGACAUGUCUGUAAAAUUAGAAAAAGAUAGCGAUGACGACUUAGCUGCAGACAAGAGCAGUAUUUCGUCUACCAAAAGUCAACCACCUCCACUUCCUUUUAAGUCAAGUAAGAGGAAUACUGUACGGCCAACGUCACGUCGUUCUGCUCCAAGUUCAGUAGCCUUAAGUUCGACUAGUUUCUUUUCGUUACAACCGGGAACUUAUUCUGGCCACUCGUCAUCUUUUCCGAGUUCUGAGUCCAGUGUUUCGCAAACACCAUUAGUCUGCGAUUCAGAUGCGUUGUUAAACAUUCAAACACUUAACCGUUCAGAUCACACAAUGCACCCAGAUAAUGGUUGGGUUCCGUGUGAAGUUUCUGGGGAUUCAACUGGUUCACUAUCUGGUCCGAAUACAAUCCAGAUUGAAAAUGACUGUAAAGUUCCCACGAAUAAAGUUCCUGUUGUUGGACUUUCUAAAGAUAAUUGCGGUGAUACUUCACAACGAUUACAAAAAACACCAAGGUCAUUUCCUGACCAAUCAAACCGUACUACUCCCAAGUCUACCAGACGCAAAUCGCAACCUAAUAAUGGUGCUUUUCAACAAAAUGAUUCAGUAUCUGCAAAUCCGCCAGUCUCUCAAAACCUCCUGAAGGGAGACAAAAAUGUAGGUGACUUCACUACCUCUGAUACCCAAGAAAAUUCUCUCCUCGGGCAAACACGUAAAUCUGUUACAAUUAUGCUGAAGGCUUCUCCCACACAUGAGUUUCAGAGCACUAGGUCUCUCCACCGCAGUAAUUCACCAAACUCUAAAUCUUUCCCUAAUACUGUUUCUAAACCGGUUUCCAAAAAGCGUGUUCAGCCUACUAGUGUAACUUCAAAGACGGAACUAGGUGUUAAUGCUUCCGAAUCCCUACCAUCAUGUGAGGAUCAAUCUCCCAUAUCUGAUUCUAUCAUGUCAAAAGUCAUGAAUAUCGUUGUUCAUUUGAAAAACUUAAGAAGACGCCCUGUACAACAGCUUGUCCUGGCACUUUGCCAAAAGCAUCAUAGUAUUCCUGAAAGCCUCGUUUUAUCUUCUCUAGACAUCUUAGUUACACGAGGUCAUUUACACCGUGUUGAGUCAGCUAAGGGUAUAUCUUACCGUUCCAACCCUUUUGUUGUGGCUCGGGGGGACCUAAAGAAACCUGCAUCUCUAUCAGCCAAAAUUAAAGCCAAAUAUAAUGGUGGAAUAAAUGGAAAACGACCAAAGUGCACAACAUCUGCUGUACCUGAGUCUAAACGACCGAAUUCAGUGGAACCACCAAGCCAUUCUUCAUCUAAAAUUGCACGAACUGAUCCAACCACCAAUGUUCACCAGCGCUCUAGUCGAAGAUCUGUAACAAAUGGAUCAAUAGCUUCUCAAAAAUCUAAUACGCACUGUUCUUGUUAUUCAGAUAUCAAUGGAAAGAUCUAUCUCAAUCAGUCUUCUGUUAUUGUGGAUGAUGUACAAGUAAAUACCAUACAUAUUGACGGAGAUUAUUCAAUGAGUGUUAAAUCACCACCAAAUAUUCUUCAACAAGGCACCAAGAUAUUUAUUGUACCUCCGGCUAGUCCAUUAAAUGAAACAACUUUUGAAAGUCAAAUGGAUAACUUACCAUUUCAUCGAUCUGAACAACCUAAUCAAAGUUCAUGUAAUAAUUUGAGUUCUACAUCUGGGUCCAAUCUCGAUAGUUCAAGCAUGCCGCAAACAAAUUCAAGACGUAGCAAUCGACAAACAGAUGUUUAUAAAUUUAAAUCGAUUUGGGUAAAGAAAAAUGUACAAGGUGGAUUUACAGAAGUUUGGUUGCAAUCACCUGGUUCUUUUCUAAAAAAUGGAUUUACGAUUCAGGUCCUUGAAGAAUUAACCAUUGUUUUGAACCGAGCAACAUGUGAUACAAGUCGUUUAAUCAUGAUUUCUGGGACAGGAACUGUGUUUAGCUCCGGGAUAGACUUGACAAUCAUUACGGGCGAUCUUUUAAGAAGUGCAUUUAUUAAUCCAUCUUCAUGUGAUUCAUUUCGCAGUUCAUCCUCAAGUGCAGCCAAUGUAUCCGCUUCUCGUAAUUCAAAUCAUCAUAAAAUUGUAGCUGAUAAUUCCAAAUCACAUCAUUCUGAUAAUGCAAAUUGUUCAUUUUCUCAACCUAACUAUGACUCAAAUUUAAAUUCAUCAUCUCAUAGAAAUGCAAAUAGAGUCCAUUCAUUUUUCUGCUCACCAAAUCUUUCAAAUGUCGGACGUCUAGCGGCAGCUUUAAGGUCAUUUUUACUGGCGUUAGUUUCAUUUCCUAAACCUGUUGUAGUUGGUGUAAAUGGUCCAGCAUUAGGACUGGCUGUUGCUAUACUACCUUUGUGUGACAUUGUUUACAUAAGUGAUUCAGCUACAUUUUAUAUGCCAUAUACUCGACUUGGUCAAAUUCCUGAAGGAGCAUCGACUUACACUUUAAACAGUCUUGUUGGUAUGCCUUUGGCUAACGAACUAUUAUUAGCAGGUCGUAAAUUGUCCGCACGUGAAGCUUUACAACGAGGUUUAGCUUCUGAUCUUUUGUUCCCCAAAAGUUUUAAACAAGAACUACUUCUCCGUUGUCGAAAAUUAGCAGAAAAUUCGUGUAUGUCAUUGGAAAUCACCAAAUGUAUGAUGAAAAUGCAACAUCGUGAACGUAUUGAAUAUGUGAUUAAUGCUGAAUGUAAAAAACUAUUAGAAUGUUGGCAAACUGCAGAAUUUCGUUGUACAGCUAUGGAGUUCAUUUUAAAUGAAAUGGAUGAUUUUGUGUAAAUAUACUUUGUCUUGUUUCGCUUUCCCGUAUUAAAUUAUCUCAUAUAUAUCACUACAAAUUGUUAUAGUUACCAAAACGAUUAUUCUCAUCGUCAUAAAUUAUCAUUCUAUGUUAAUAUAACGUUUUAUACAAUAAAAUUUAUUCAAUCAUACACACUAGUGACAUUCCAUAUUCUUUCGUUUUUAUAUAAUUAUACAUAACAUGUAUUAGUUUUAUGUAAUCAUUAUUAUAAUAAUACCAUAUCUGUAUAUUUUUAUUUGGUCUUUCACAUUUACUGCUUUUACGUUCUACACCGUUUAUAUAACAGUAGUUCGAUUUUCAACCUAUAAUCCUGUUUACUCAUACUUUCUUUUUACCUUACCAUCCUAUCCUUUUUAUAUCAUUGAUGACUUUAGUGAUUGUGAAAUUUAUAUUUCCGUGUUUGUGUCUGAACGUGUAUAUAUAAUUUUCCACUAAUGUCGUUGAGUUGCAUGUUUAUAUAUAUAUAUAUAUAUAUAUAUAUAUAUAUAUAUAUAUAUAUUAGUGCCUAGUCUAUUACUAAUAAUUUAUCCUCUUCUCUUUCCGGUAGCUACUGUCAUAGUUGGCAGUAGUAUCAUUUUCGUUUAACUUUUUUUCCUUACCAAUCUAUUUAAAUUUCAUCUCGAGAUUCCAACUUGUACUCAUUAUUACUAUUGGUAUUAUUGCUGUUGCUUUUUUAAAUUAAUCAAUGUCCCACAAUAUCUACACCUUUUGACAAUCCAUUCGUUAGUUGAUGUUUAACACAAAGGAGCAGCUCAUGUUUUUUUCGUAUCUGUGUACAUUUUGUUUAUUUGCAUGUGAGACGAGGAAAGUAUACUGUCGUUCACUCCCUUUCAUUAUUCCUUUUUUUAAUAAAAAAACUACAGAGAAGUAUUCAUCCAGUUUGUCAUAACCUAUCGUUCUACUUCUGAAUUUACUAGAUUUCAGUGUUUUUUCUUUAAUUGUAGAAUAUAUGGUUAGUUGGAUGGGUAAAAUCAAUUUUCUGGCAUUUCAUCGAUUAUUGUCGUCGUUAUUGUUGGUCUCAUCGAAGACUUUUUCUGUAAAAAAAAAUUUCUACCGUACCUGUAAAGAGUUGUUUUUUACUGUUGUUUCUCUUUCAUUUAUCGUGAUUGAUUUAUUCGUUCAAAUAAACUGUUAAUCGUCAAAGUGAUAUAGAUCAAUGAUUGAUACUACCUUUGCAACUGUAGGAAUACUCCUUUAAGAUAGCAUUUAAUGUAUAUUAAUUUCAAUGUUAAUGGAAACAUUUUAUGCUGAAGCUGUCCAUGGGAUUUUAAUGGGUAAACGUCUUUGGAUAUAUUCUAAAACCUUAUGCUAAACAAACUGAUGAUUACUUACUUAUGCCUACUACCCAUCAUGGGACAUAAGUAGCUAAUCAGGAAUAUCCAAGCAACCCUAUCUUGGACUCUCCUUCCCAGUUUUUGUCAAGAAGUAUUUACGGUCUUAUUGUCCGCAUUUAAAUUCCAGCUUCAGGUUUCUUUUGAUUUACCUGUUCUUAAACUUAGAGAGGACUAAGUCAUCGAGCAGCACCUAAGGUGUCUAUUGUAUUGCGUGCUUCUCCACUCUAAUUCUUUGGUUUUGUAUAAUAU